UCGAGUUGGACACAGUGGGAACCAUUUAUCUGCACACAAGUUCUGCUUUGAUUUGCAUAUAACUUUGCGCCUUCCUGCAUAUCGUCACUUAAUUCUAAAGUUUUCAGCUAAUAUUUUGCACAGAUGAGACUCCACAGGAGGCUUGAAUUAUUGGACAGUAAAAUAAAUAAAUGAUAUUCGACCUUGAUCACUAUACAUUAUAAAUUCAUUCCAAACUUUCAACAAUCAAUCAUCAUGUCCGAGGCAGAAAACGACCAACAAGAAUUUGGCAGCAGCUUGCGACUUCAAGCCAGUUUACUUGAUGAGCCUUGUCCUCCUGGGGUUCCGCUGACUGCAAAAUACAAACAAGGGUUCGCUUUCAAGACAAUCGGUCAUCGUCUACCCGUUAUUAUAACAAAAGUAAUUGAUCAAUUGUCGCGAGAUAAGAAUGAUAUUGGAAACACGAUUGGAAUGGACGCUCGUGAUGAGGUGAAAAUUGUGGUAGGUGACCUAGCCAAGUUAAAAAACGAGAUGCAAACAAACAAAUCAAUUACAAAAACAGAGUCAACAGUUUGGAAUACCUAUUUGGGAUUAAUGGGUCAACGAUAUUUUGAUGGAAAGAUUGAAGAUGUCAAAUGGUACUUUGCUCCCUGGCUGUUUGCAGAGUGCUACAUGUACAAACGACUUUAUGAUUCCUUCCAAUCAACUAAAUUUUUGAAGGACUAUGACGUCUUUAAAAAGCAGAAGGAAGAUGGUUGGCUCCAGUCUGUUGAUGCUGCUUGUGUUCUUGGAGAAUUUGUGAAAACUGCGUCUGAUAAGUUUACCGAUGACGAAGUGAUGGAAGACAUGCUGGAAGUAAGUCUUUGGGGGAAUCGCUGUGAUUUGAGCAUAUCUGAAGGAGAAGCCAACUCUCAGAAACAUGACAUUGUUGACCAACUUCAUGAGCUCCGGAAAAAUAUUUUGUGUGAUGAUUCGGCCAACUUUUGGACCUAUUUGAGGGAAAAGUCCUCUGAACGUCAAAAUUGUCAAAAUAGCAACGACACGCCAGUGUCUAUUGGGUACAUCUUGGACAAUGCUGGAUUUGAACUAUUCACAGAUUUAUGUUUCGUUGACGUAUUAAUGAAAAAAGUUGAUCGAGUUGAUUUCCAUGUCAAAUCCAUCCCUUGGUUUGUUUCUGAUGCUCUCUCCCAAGACUUUCAUUGGUUAAUCGAUUCCAUGAUUGAUGCUACCGAGUAUCCAAUAUUAACGGAUCUUGGAAAAAGAUGGAAAAAUUAUGUUAUAACUAAAAAGUGGACAGUGGUCGAAAGCCAGUUUUGGACAUAUCCUCAUGCAUAUCAUGAAAUGGCUUGUGCCGAUUCUACUUUAUUCGACAUUCUUCAGCAUAAUACUGUGCUCAUCUUCAAAGGGGACUUGAAUUAUAGGAAGCUCAUUGGUGACGUUAACUGGCUACCAGAAACACCAUUUAAGGAAGCCCUCCAGGGAUUUUUGCCAUCUCCGCUAUUGACUCUUAGAACGCUUAAGGCUGAUUGUGUUGCUGGAUUGAAACCUGGUGUCGCACAAGCAACUCAAGCCAAAAAUGCAGAUUGGAUGGUAACUGGAGAGUAUGGAUUGAUCCAAUUUGGUUGUGCCAGUUAAUAAUAUUUUCCGUUGUAUGAAAUCAUAAAAGUCUGUGUGCUAACAGUGCCAUGUAAGACCUGGAUAUUUAUCUAUAUUAUUUAGCAUAUUAUGUUAAUAAUGAAUAAAUAUCAUGGUGUCUGUCUUGAUACAUACAAA